AUGACUUCUAACCAAGAGAAGCUAUCAGGCAGGAUAAAUCUUAAGCAGUUGAUCGCCACCACGGGGAUGAGCUCGAAUGUGAUCUCGAUAUCGCGCCGUCGUGAGCACAGAAUGAACGAAAUCGAAGAAAUGCCACCCAAAUAUAGGAGGCCGCGAGAAGAAUUCAACUUCGGGGCCGAAAGCCAUGUGAGAGCGUCAGAGAUCGAGGAGACGCUUCGUCGGACCAUUCGUACGUACUUCAAGGCAAGGCCACCUCGAAAAAAUCCUGUGCUGGUCGGGUAUCACAUCGAUUUGGACCUCGCCGCCAUGCGGAAGGAUUUCCCUGCCGUGGCCGAUCACUUCACGGCACUCGUCGAUCUGCGGACAAUAUUCCAUUCACUGUGUCCAGAGGGGUCAAUUACGAAGGAGCUGGGAGUAGGCAAGACCCUGAGGCUGUUUGGGUACGGCCCCGGCGAUCACGGGGGACGCCGCCGCUACAUUUACCACAGCGCCGGAAACGACACCGUGAAGACUCUGGCGCUUCUUCACGCACUCAAAAAAAAGGAGAACAUCCGGAUCGUAAUCACGGAGCAGUGUCGCGUAAGCAAGAAGCACAUGAUCGAUGACGAGAAACGCAGAAACCCGCGGCGCAAGAAACACGUUGCAGACAGUACGAAGCGCAUGAUAAUUGACGAGACACGCAAAAAGCCGCCAUACCAGCACAGAAAUCUCGCUGUAAUCAUCGCAGCUGCAGACAACUUGUCAUCGCUACCAGAUAUGCUACGAUCACCCCACAAGCUCGCGGCAUUCCUUGAAGUAUACGAGCCCAGCAGAGUGGGUUCCACUUGA